CACACCCACCGACAAAUCAAAACAAAAACGUAAGGAUGAUCAUGAUGAUACUGCGAGUGGCGUUCAAACUUGUCGCUGUUUAUUGCCUUAUCUUUCUGCUGCUGCCGAUCACUGUGGCAGCAGCCGCUGAUGAAAUACCGGACCCACCUCCCCCGGUGGCCCUGCCCAACUGUGCCGCCACAUGUGGCAACUUGACGGUUCCAUACCCGUUUGGGAUCGGGUCCGGCUGCUUCCUGGAUGAACUCUAUGAGAUCGAGUGCCACAGCGGCGGCACCAGCACCCCUGUCACCACGCUGAAGAACCUCAUGAAUGUAACAGUGCUCAACAUUUCCCUGCCGGUGCUGGACAACUCGGGAGGCCCCGAUGGAUUCAUUGAGGUCUCUCAGCCGGUCCUCUACUCCCAGUCGAACCUGCCGAACUGCACGGGCAGAGCAGUGAAUGGCAACAUCUCGACGUUGUUGAACUUGACGGGGAGUCCCUACAUGUACUCGCAGACAAAGAACAUGUUCGUCUCUGGAGGGUGCAACAACCUGGCGUUCAUGGUCAACCUCAGCAUGAAGUCAGCGGUUGUUGGCUGCAGGUCGAUGUGUGCCGGCAACGGGACUGGCAGCCAUGAAGACUGUGUGAAUGGGAUCGGUUGCUGCACAAACACGAUCCCCUUCGGGCUCCAGGCAUAUGGCGUGGAUUUCAAGACAGACGAUGGUGCAUUGACAGUCACCGACGGAUUGUGCAGUAUGAUUCUCACACCAUUAUGCGAAAAAAUGAUCUUAUUGUUGAGCCACCCUGCUUGGACUUCAAUUCGGGGCUAUGAUGUCUCCAGCAACCGUCCACACAAAUGCAGGUACGCUUUCUUAGUGGAUCAAUCGCAGUACAAUUUCUCUAGCAACAUGACCGAUACACGAGCCUUACCAUCGCAUGUGCCUGUGGCUCUUGAAUGGGGUAUCUCCAAUGAAACGUUUGUCAAAAUGACGAUUUCACGGGGCGUGUAUCAAAAGGACGUUGUUGGGUCCAGUUACUGGUGCAGCCACUACGACAGCUUUUUAUACGGUUCUGAUAACCCCAGGCCUUACAUGCAAUGCCGUUGCAUGUCCGGCUACGCUGGUAAUCCCUAUAUAACGGAUGGAUGCAAAGGUGUUGGCACUGGUUUUGGAGUCGUACUCCUCAUGGGAUUAUUGUGGUGGUUCUACAAGUUCAUGAAGAGGAGGCAUGAAAUCAAGCUCAAAGAGAAGUUCUUUAAACGAAACGGCGGUCUUUUGUUACAACAACAACUAUCUUAUGACGAAGGCAAUCACAUGGAAAAAAGCAAAUUGUUCGCUUCAAAAGAGUUAGAGAAAGCUACUGAUCAUUUUAAUGAGAACAGGAUAUUAGGUCAAGGUGGCCAAGGCACUGUCUACAAGGGAAUGCUAACAGACGGAAGGAUCGUUGCAGUCAAAAGAUCAAGAAUUGUAGACGAAGGACAAGUCGAACAGUUUGUCAAUGAGGUUAUGAUUCUCUCACAAAUUAAUCAUCGCAACAUAGUCAAAUUGUUGGGGUGUUGUUUGGAGACGGAGGUUCCACUUUUAGUGUAUGAAUUUAUUCCAAGCGGGACUCUUUAUCAGCAUUUGCAUAAUCCAACUGAAGAAUUCCCAGUGUCAUGGGAAAUGCGAUUGAGGAUUGCCACCGAAGUUGCCGGAGCUCUUUCCUAUUUGCACUUUACCGCGGCCAUACCCAUUUACCAUCGAGAUGUCAAGUCUUCGAAUAUCCUCUUGGACGAUCAGUACCGGGCCAAAGUAGCAGAUUUCGGAACUUCAAGAUCGGUGGCCAUCGAUCAAACUCACUUGACCACAAUGGUCAAAGGAACAAUUGGGUAUUUAGACCCCGAGUAUUUCCAAACGAGCCAAUUCACGGACAAGAGCGAUGUCUAUAGCUUUGGGGUAGUCCUAGUCGAGCUAUUGACAGGGCAAAAGCCGAUCUCUGCAAUGAGGGCGAAAGAUGGCAGAAGUUUAGCAGUGUAUUUUAUCGAGUCAAUGGAGGAAAACCACCUUCUUGACAUCGUUGAUGCUGGAGUGGUAAAGCGAAGUCAAGAGGAAGAGAUUCUGGGAGUUGCAAAUUUGGCAAAGAGAUGCUUGAACUCGAACGGAAGGAGUCGACCAACCAUGAAAGAGGUGGCAAUGGAGUUGGAGCGAAUAAGAGCACAACAUGUCGAUCUUUCCACUGUCGAGCAAAAUCAUCAUCCAAUUGACCACGUAAGGACUAGAUCAAUUCGAGCUUGGCAUGAUUUCUCCAUGCCAGUGAUGUCUGAAGCUCAGAAAUCUUCAUCGGAGAUCCCACUGCUCCUACGCAAUUUAGAACUAGAACGAUAAACGAUCUUAAUUACUUGUUAUCACACAUAUAUUU